AGCGGGGGUCACCGGUGUUUCUUCACCAAGAAACAUGGGACAACAGGAGGUGUUAGGAGGUGGCCACGGUGGUUUCUGCCUUUUUCGGUGGGGAGGCAGCGUGGGCCACGUGCGACGGGGGGAAGCGACGGCAGGGAAGUCGAAGCGCGGGGCAGCUUUUUUCCCUCCCCAGGGCGUUUCCCAGCUUGCAAAAUCCCCAGCGGGGCUGGUUAUGAAGCAGCCCCCACGGCGGCUCGGGGUGGGCAGUGAGGAUGCGGCUGCUGCCGGUGGUGCUGGCCCUGGCCCUGCUCCUGAGCAACCUGGUGCCGGGGGGCGGUCUGUCGCUGGAGAGCCUGCUGACCAACAUGAGGUGCAAGUGCAUCAAGUCGACUGCCCACGUCAUCAACCUGGGGCUGAUCCUUGCCAUUGAUGUUACACCACCGGGUAUUCACUGCAGGAGGAAGGAGAUCGUCCUCACCCUGAAGAAAAACAAGAAGGUGUGUGUGGCCCCCGAGGCGCCCUGGAUCCAGCUGCUCAUCUACAAGCUGACACAGAGGAACGUCCCCAAAAAAGAAGCGGCGCUGCGGUUGCGGCGGCAAGCGGAGCGGUGGGCUGGGGGAGCGGACCGGUGGCGCCAGCACCCGUGCAUAUCCCCCACCUUGUCUCUCCCUCUGUCCAGAUACAAUAAUAAAUAACCGGCUGCGGUUAUUUAUUCCUCCGCGGGGACAGCAGGUGAUGUGAACCCUCCACGCGAAGAUAUGCCAGGUUUUGCGGCACAAUGCCGGCGCUUGCCCUGCUCCCCCCCACCACCUCCAAAAAAAAAAAGGCUUUC